UCAAAACAUUUCAUAACUCAUUAUGGUCACAUUCUGAACAAAAUAUCUGCAUAUAUAUGUCAAUGAUUUGUGUCAUUAUGAAGAAUCUGGUUAAAUGACUGCUGGUCAGGUGAGAAGUGAUGAUAAUUUAACAAACUAUGUAGCAUGUAAGGAAGACAUUAAUGUGGCAAUCGUAUAAGUUUUUCUCAAAGAGUAGGAGCUCAAUAUUUGAUUUGUUCAUAAUAAGAUUAGUGGUCUAAUCUGGGGAGGAGUCAGACAUAAACUCAGUCUCAGAGCUGCUGAGAGACAAAUGGAACAUAGAGCUCGUCUCAAAGAACAAAAUCACUACUUUGUUGCUUUCGAUCAGAUUCAACGAUUGAUCGGUCACGGUCUCUUUCAGAGGGGCACUCUGAAUCCACGGUUUCCACGUGCUGCCCUGCUUCACAUCACAGAGAUAAUCUGACACCCACAAGCUAGGCCACUUCUCACAGAGCUCGAGAGGAAGAGACAACGUCAGAGCUCUGGAGACUGACGUCAGGAAUGCCAGUAACUGCAGCUGUAAAUCAUUUAGUCUCCGAGGUGCAGGACACGAGCAUCUCAUCUCAACAUCUAAAGGCUCUGCUAUGACUGUCAGCCUGAGAGGAGCUUCACAUGGCUUUCCAUGAAAAGACAAGAGGGGGAUCUUUCAUAGAAUACAUCAAAGCCCCCAGAGCAAAAUACACAAUAAUAGGAGAAGCUGUACGAAACAUCUUUCCUGCACACAUGCAGUGCUCAUACGGAUGUGGAGGGGAAGCCUGCAAGUUUGACAAUCCAUGUUACUGGAGUGAAGAUCAACAGGCAAUAAAAGGCCUGUAUUCAUCCUGGGUUACUGACCAUCUUCUUGCCAUGUCCAGACCUUCAACAGAAAUUAUUGAAAAGUAUGACAUUAUUAACCAGUUCAAAAGGAACGGUAUUAAAACAGUGAUCAACCUACAAGUACCUGGAGAGCAUGCAUUCUGUGGAAAACCUCUGGAGCCAGAGAGUGGGUUUUCAUACCACCCAGAAGUCUUCAUGAAAAACAGUAUUUAUUUUUACAAUUUUGGCUGGAGUGACUACGGCGUGGCCAACCUCACCAGAGUGCUGGACAUGGUGAAGGUGAUGGCCUUUGCUCUGCAGGAAGGAAAGGUGGCGGUCCACUGCCACGCAGGGCUCGGGCGAACAGGCGUACUGUUGGCAUGUUUCUUGGCCUACGCCACCAGAAUGACCGCCAACCAGGCUAUUUUAUUUAUACGUGCCAAACGGCCCAACUCCAUCCAAACCCGAGGUCAGCUGCGCUCCGUGAGAGACUUUGUUCAGUUCCUCAGCCCACUUAGAAGUGUUUUUUCUUGCGCUCAUCCUCAAUCCAACCCAGUCACCCUGUCCCAGUACCUUAACCGUCAGAGACACAUCCUGCACGGCUCCGAGAGGAAGGAGCUAAGGCACCUGCCCAAGAUCAUCCAUCUAGUCUGCAGGCUGUUGGUGGACAUAGCAGAGAACCGUGAAGUGAUUGAGGAAGAUGUUCUUGAAGCCCCUGAUAUUCACGACAUAGAGAUGACUCUCAGUAUAAUUGAGAAGAUGGGGCCUGAAAUAUUCACCAAGGAGCCUCGUUUGCCAGGUUCACCCACCUUACCCAGACAUUUCCACGAGCCGCCCAUCUUCUACCACCGCAAGAGUCUGAGCUACAGCGAGUCCGACUUGAGACGGCUCGGCUCACAGCUAAACCUCCUCACACAACCUCUGAGCUCUUCAUCCAACUCUGAGGCCAAUCUCCCUGCGGCCCAGAGUCUGGGUCAGAUCGGCGACACAUCCAAUGUUUCACACGGCUCAACGGGGACUCUCUGGCAAAUCAAGAAUGUGCAAAGCCAACAAGACGGAACGAUUGUGCUGAAGAAGAUGAAGAGGAAGACAGUCCAACGGAGCGAGUCGGUGGGACACGAUCAAUCGGACAAAAAGGGAAACAUGUUGUCCCGAUGGAAGGCAGCACAGGCGGAGAAGCUGGAAAGAAACGGGGUAACGUCACGAGCUAAAGAAGAGGAGCAGUCGGAGGUGCCCUGCAUCACCUUGCAGUCGGAGCUGUCUCUGGAAGCCAGGAGGCUGUUGGUGGCGCAGGCGCUGGCAGUGGACUUGUUUCUUGAUGGGCAAGAGGAGCAUAAAAACAAGGUGUUGGCCUGGCAGACAGAGUUGAAUCAAGGCAGCGCAUGGGAACAUCUGUGUACAGAACGAGAUCCCUUCAUCCUCACUGGGAUCAUGUGGGCCUGGCUGGAGCAGCUCAAAGAGCCUGUCAUCUCCACCCAAGACACCGAAGCCUUGAAUCCCAACAAUACUGGUGCUGAAUGUCUCCUCAACAAGCUCAGCAAGGCUCCUAAAGAAACGUUAACAUGCAUACUGGACUGCAUGGCUCACAUGCAGACAAUAUCAGAGGAGGUUGAAAAUGCAUUCCUGCAUCGUACUGUCAAGGCUUUCACCUGGAUGACCACAAACACUGAGGAUGGGAGGAAAGUCUACGACUCUCUCCCUUCAGUCCUGAGGAGUCUCCUUAAAGACAUGAGAUCUGUGGCCAUGGGAGAAGAGCAGAGAGGUGGAUCUUCGUUCACCGUGAUAUGAACACAACCAGGCUUUAUGGGGACAACAGCUGUGCCUUGUAACAAAAAUGUUACUAUGCUCUGAGCUAUGUUUAUUAAUUAAGCUUAAUAACCUUUGACAUGUAACUGUGACAAAUACAGAACAGUCAUUUGUAAUUCUUAUAAUUUAUUUUGCCUUAAGCCUAGUGACAUUCAUCAUUUACAAACCUCUGCCCUGAAAGCACAAUUAUAUACAUCUUAAUACAGAUAAGUGUAGUUUUUUUUUUUUCAUUUUAUAGCACAUUCCCAUAUUGUCUUUGUUAAAAU